UUCAAGAAGUUCUUUACAAAGUAACGAUUAGUUCUAACAUUAAUAUUUUAGCGACUAAACACUGAAGUCUUUAAAUUUUUAAAUAUUAAUUUUAAAAUAAUAAAUGAUUUUCAUAUUUAACGUAAUCUUUAUAUCAUUAUGUGUCUUACCGAUAUCAGCUGAUUAUAGUUACGAAAAUGCUAACGAAUGGGCGGAUGAAUAUCCACAGUGUGGAGGUUCAUUCCAAUCGCCUAUCGAUGUUUCCUAUGAUCUCGUUGGUGAAUCUAAUUUAGAUUCUGAUCUUGAGCCAUUAAUAUUUGAAAGAAUUCAUAGUACCGUACCUGAGAGAAUGACAUUAAAGAACGAUGGCCACACAGUAAAACUAUUGUUCAAAUGGCCUAACGACCCAGAAAAGACACCCUAUGUUUAUGGCGGGCUUCUUGAAGGUAAAUACAUACUACAUUCUUUUCAAUUCCGUUGGGGAUAUGACGUUAAAAAUGGAAGCGAACAUCAGCUAGGUGGUAAGAGGUAUCAACAAAAUCAUUUAAUUUAA